GAAGGUCCUUAAAGGAGGGGAAAACUGGGACUAAUGAACAUCUCUUUGUUCUGGAAUUUCAUAUUUGUUCUCCAAUGACGAGAUGUAUUGUGUAUUUCUCUUGAUCCUCUUACACUGUUGCAAACUGAAAGCUCAAGAAAAUGUGUUCACAUUAAACAGACUUGUACUCAGUGCCAAUCCAUCUGACGAAGUACAGAAUGGCGAGUUAGUCACUCUCCGCUGUUCAGUGGAAACGAUCAAAAGUGGCAAUUUCGUGCUGAAUUAUACAUUUAAAAUUCUCAAAUAUGACAAUCUUCUGGUCAAUAUCACAUCAGAGCAAGAAUGGGUGGAGUAUACAAUCUUCCCAGCUAGAUUUUCUCAUUCUGGAGAUUAUCAGUGUGAGGUCAAUGUUAAAGGAAAAUCAAAGACCAGCAAUUCUUUGCCUCUUCAAGUAAAAGGAAUAAUGAAGCCAAAACUGACUGUCCAGAAAACACAAGUGACAGAAGGAGAAAAUGUAUUGUUACGUUGCGAAGUAAUAGGAGAAAAUCCUCCUUUUUAUUUCACAUUUUAUAAAAUCCGACCUUCUCCAAGUAUUUCCUCAGUCAGUAAGACUAAGCCUGAACCAACGGAAAACUUUGCAGAGGUGGAAUUCCCAGUCGAUGAGGGGGACACCGUUUUGUUUUUUGAAUGUACCGUCACAGUAACUUUAAUAAAGGGGUCUGAGACAUCAGAGCCCAGUAACAGAACAACUGUUGGUGUUGCUGAGCCGUUUUCUGUUCCCAAUAUAACCGUCUAUCCACAGAACAUUGUAGAGGGAGACAAUAUUUUGGUUCAGUGUACUACUAUCCUAAGUCAUCAGCAUGAAAUUGAAAUGAUCCUCCAGAAGGACAAAAAUAUCCUUAAUAAUUCUAAGGGUGGAGAGUCUGUGACAUACUCUGCAGUAGCUACAUUGGCGAGCAGUGGCAAUUACACAUGCAAAGUGGAACUUGGGAGAGUGUCCAAAACCGUCACAGUGAAUGUUGUAGUGGCAGAGCUGUUUUCCAAACCAGAACUACAUGUUUCUAAAAAACACCUGGAUGAAGGCACUAUGUUACAAAUGUCAUGUCUAGUUAAUAGCUCAUUGCUGUUAAAUGUCUCACUCCUGAAGGACAAUGCAUUAUUGGCACACUCUACUUCCUAUGCCUUUAAGGCCUACGUACCUAACAGCGGAGUCUAUGAUUGCAGGGCAGAGAUGAAAGGAAUCGUCAAAAAGAGCGACCCUGUACAGAUAUCUGUUUAUUCUCCAGUUUCGAAGCCACAUCUUUACAGGGCCACCCACUUCCCUGAAGGGGCGGUGUUGGGGCGCCCUUUUCUUUUGCGCUGCUAUUCUAAUGGAACUCUACCUAUAACGUAUACUCUCUACAGAGGAAACGUAACCGUUGGCAAAACUGAAGUAAAAAAAGAUAUACCGGCAGAGUUUAAGGACAAUGCAACUAAGGAGCACGUUCAAGGAGAAUACAAAUGUGAAGCUAAAAAUGGCCAUUCUAAGAAAUUCCAAAGCAAUGGGCUCAAUAUCACAGUGAUAACUCCGGUUUAUAACAUAAGCUUGGAAAACCCUUCACAUGGAGAUGUGGAAGAUGGCCAAGAUCUUAUCCUUUUUUGCAGUGUCGCCUCAGGAUCUUUCCCUAUUGAGUUCAACUUUUUUAAGGAAAACGAAGCACAACUUUUGCGUAAGGUAACAGAAAAUAAAAUGCACACAGCGACCUGGCACAAAACAGGACUAACAAGCCAAGAUGCAGGGAAGUACUUCUGUGCAGCUGAAAACUCUGCAAAAUCACUGUUAUGGAGCAAGCCAGUAAUCAUCAAGGUCAUUCUGGCUUCAUGGAAGAAAUGGCUUAUUGCAUUAUUUGUUCUGCUAGUCCUCCUCAGCAUGGGUGGUACUUUCUGGUGGUACUUCAAAAAGAAGGCAAAAGCUAAAGGCAAUUCUAUGGAAUUGGAUGGCUCCAUGCCAGCAACCAAUUCAAUGGGUGAGAAGAUGACAUCAGGAUUCAAUAGUGAAGGGGAAUUGUAUUAUGGGUCAGACUAUAAAGAAGAAGGUGAAAAUCACAUGAAAUCAAAAGAAGACAAUAAUAAAGGCAUUGACCUUGAGAACACUGAAGUGGAAUAUACUGAAGUAGAAGUGGCAGAUCCUCACCCUUACAAAGCUCCUGUAACAAGGAGGAACGACACAGUUUAUACUGAAAUCAGAAAAUCUAUGAAUGGUAAGUGAACUCAUGAAAAAAGUCAAAUCAUGUAGC